AAGAGAGCAAGUUAAUUCAAUAUCUCAGACAAGAAAGAAGACAUUGUGUCGGGGCACACAAAAAAUCCACUUGCAAAACGGAGUUAAUCACAGUUCGGCUUCUCUGCAGAUUAAUCUUCUGCGUGUCUGUAUUUUGCUCCGCCUGGGCUGGCAAGUGGGGUUAAAAUGAUCGCCGAUAUCGAUCAGCCAAGAAGAGGGGCUCAGGCGUGAUUGACGCGAGGCUCUCGCUCGUGGGUGACGUUGUGCCUCGUCCCGCCGAGCGGCGCCGUGUCACUUCCACAGACGCGCGCAGCACCAGCGGGACAUCCGCAGGACCAGCUGCCCAGCUCCGAGCGGACCGGGUCGGCACGAGAAACUAGAAACCAGCGUGCGGGGGCAUCAGUCGCGGACAUUUAAACGGUCUCUGCGCCUCUGUUCGGUAUUUCCUCCGCUGUCGAAAGUUGCUUCCGAAGCUGAAAUUAUGUCGAAAUGGAUUUUAUGAGGCUGUUCGGGACAGUUCUCGCUCUCUGGAUCUGCCCGGGCUCCGCAUCCAAACUCUUCAGUGCGGAUGGCUACGAGCCCCGGGGCCAGAGGAUCUGCCGCAGGGGCACGGAGCGCCCCUGUUACAAGAUCGCCUACUUCCAGGACAGCUGGCGCAAGGCGAGCUUCGAGGAGGCCCGGCGGGCCUGCCACAGCGACGGCGGCGAGCUGCUGAGCGUGGAGUCGGAGAACGAGCAGCAGCUGGUGGAGAGGUUCGUGCGGGAGCUGCGCGCCUCCGACGGGGACUUCUGGAUCGGGCUGCGCCGGAGCCCGGGCCACCGGGACACCAGCGGCGACUGCCCCACGCAGUACCACUGGGUUGACGGCAGCCAGGCCACUUUCAGGAACUGGCACUGGGACGAGCCCUCCUGCGGGUACGAGGUGUGCGUGGUGAUGUACCACCAGCCCUCCGCCCCGCCCGGCCCCGGGGGGCUCUACAUGUUCCAGUGGAACGAUGACAACUGCGACACCAAGAACAACUUCAUCUGCAAGUACACGCAGGAGAAGGGGCCUGUCUCUACACCCACUGCGAAUUCCACUCAUACUGAAGCUGCAGCUACGUCUCCAAGGCCAAAGUACCCUCCGGUCACGGACAGGGAGGAGAAGGUCGACGUGCUGAUGACCAAGUCAAAAGACAACAUCCUCAACAUCGUGUACAUCGUCAUCCCCACCAUCCCCCUCCUGCUGCUCCUGCUGGUGGCCACCGGCGUCUUCUGCUUCCGGCUCUUCGCCAGCAGGAGGAAGGAGCGCACGGAGGCGUGUCACAAGGAGCCCACCCUGUGGAUGUCGCCGGACCGCGCCAGCAGCCCCAGCCUGGACGUGUACCACGUCAUCCGCAAGCAGCACGAGGCCGACCUGGCGGGCACGCGGCCGGACAUCAAGAUCACCUCGUUCAGGGGCUCCUCCCCGGACGACCAGCUCUCCAGCGACUACGACAACAUGGCCGGCAACACCUCGGAGAGCGGCUUCGCCACGCUGGCCAGCACCGAGAGCGGCUUCGUCACCAACGACAUCUACGAGACGUGCCAGGGCCGCGGGCGGCCGAACCGGGAGUCCGGCUGGGUGGAGAACGAGAUCUACGGCUACUAG